AUGCCAAUUUCUAGCGUCUUCGGCCCUGUCUCUUCGCUACUAUCGAUGCUGCUACUGAAAACGCCGGAGGGAGGUGGCAUGUGGGUCGCGAUGCUGCUAUGGGUCGCGCGAUUCAUGACAUUUGGUCUACUUUUGCGAACAUACAUCAUACCGUGGACAUUGGCGCGCAUGUCUAGGCAUGUACGAAUUCGAAGCGUUAGCCUGCGCUCCAUCCGAGGAUUGUACCUCCGUCGAGGCCGCCAAACCAUCCGUAUAGAGCGCAUCAGCUAUGUUUGGUACGGCUUCGAGAUAGGUAUUACGAUUAAAGUGGAGGGGCUUAAUGUCGAAGUCUACCAGCACGACAGGACCCCAGCACCGCGACAGUCUCAUCGGAGGUCUGCCACAGUGGAAACUAUCUCCCACGUUCGGCGGCAGUUUUGGAAUGUAUUAUCCGUGUUGUAUGCGCUAUUGGACCCUGUCGUCCGACCAGUCAUACGUGCUUGCGUUAUGUCCUGUCUCGGGGUGUUUAUUCGUUGGCUGCCGAGCAUUACGCAACAAAUUACUCUAGAAUUUCAACCCGCGACAGUGAUAUUUCCCAAUGCCGGCGAUGCAAAGAUCUCCGCGGAAACAGUUUAUGUGCACACGAACCUCAAAAUCGCCAAUAUCAAGAGGGACAAGCACGAGAAAGAGCUUUCUACUGCAACCCGAGAUAGAAUGGCUCGGUUGACAAAACCUUUACGGGCCUCGUAUAGCGUGUCUGCUUGGAAACAUCGGCUCGGCAACAGUUUUCGGAGGUCUUGGAAUCGAGUCGUUGAACAGACCCAAGGACAUGCUAUACUUUCGGUGCACCUCACGAACAUCACUGGAUCGAUACCGGUUCGAACUUCCUCCACAGAUGUUACGGAUGGAGAAUUUCUGAGUUUUCCUGGCCUCGUUGAUUUUUCUACUACCUUAUCCUUUGAUCCUCAAAGUUGGACCAUUGUCAAUCAUAGCUCGAACACGACACUCAAUGUUCGGCAAUGUGUCAUCGAACUGGACCGUCUUCGAUCUCUAUUCGAGCUCAUUCAGGCAAAAAAGGAAUUCAAUACGUCUCCAUGCUCGUCCUCUUAUUUGAUCUCGCCCGAGUCGCAGCCGGUAUCUCCUCUCUCCUCAGCAGCUUCGACGUCGGAUUCCGCACCGUCUGUUUUCUCUGAAACGCCUACAUCUCCAUUCAUGAGAGCGUUUUCAAAGGCAUCAAUGUUACGUCGACGCUAUCUCUAUCCUCCGUGCAUGAGGCUUAAGGAGACCAAAAAUCCGGCCCUCGUCGCUUUUCUCUCUUCAUUCACCGCCAACAUUUCAGGUCUUACCGUAAACAGUCGCAACCGAAGUGAGAACGAAAGUUACAAGAUGAGCUUCCAGGGCAUAUCCUUCUCGGUUGCACUGAGCAAUCCCCUGUCGAAUCGGCUGCACCGCCAGUGGCUUGGUAAAUCUGUCAAGGGCGAAGUUUUCGACCCUGACGUUUACUCUCUUUCUUUUCACGUUGAAAGCGUCAAACUUGAUCGCUAUACAACACGGCAUUAUCUCCGGAUUCUGGUUGGGGAUUCUAUUGAUGUUCGUGCGCUUGUUUCCCAGUUCCCCUCGCCUUGGCUAGUUCCCACUCCCUUCAUUGGCGGUGAUCCAAACGGACCGUUCCUUGUGAUAUCAUUGAAUAUCGGUGGGAUACAAGUCACCGAACGAGCUGAUGUAUUGUCCACACUGUUUUCCGCUUGGACUCCCCCACCACGUCCCUUCAAGUCGACCUCCACAUUACCAGCCACAGCUGGCAUGCCUCGGUUUACAUUUGAAGCCAGCUGUGGAAUAAUCAGUGCGCGUCUCCUCUAUCAAAAUGAGGACACUAGGACAUCCAAAGCAGUGGAAAUGCGCACAGACGGCUUUUCAGUGGUCUGCGCCUCCGUCUACUCUCCUAUUCCUAUGACAUCAGUCCCACAGGAAGAUUUCGACACCUUUCCUCUUUCCAUGGCCUUCUCGUUCAAUCUCACACUUCAACCCGUUUUCAUCAGAAUCCGGCCUCGACACUCUCAGAACUCACAUGUGCGUCUACCUAGUCUGACAACCUCGGAUGAAGAUUUUUGUGAGGAUCCCGUCUUCCUUUCUGUCGAAUCAUUCGAUCUCAGUGGUGGCGGCAAACUGCUUGGUGCCAUCAACGACGAUACGAAGAACAUUGCCACUAUAAACAAGUCUACUCUAACACUUGACCUUAGUGGCUUCACAGAGGCAGUGGUCGUGGAGCUAUGGCAUCUAUCCGUUCAGGACGCUAUUAGUCAUUUAAUCACUUACGUUCCGAAACGAGCCAAAAGAGAUGCAGAUCUCUCACGAUCUCCUCUGCAGCGUCUGCCACCCGGAAUCAAUGUGUCCUUAUUUUUAGGGCGAUCAGUACUAUUCAUAACGUCCCCCGAUAUCAACCCAGAUGAUACAAUGGAAUUAUCUCGUGGAAUUGCAUGUCGAGCAGAGCGGACGAUGCUACAGCUUCGUUGUACUCAACGCAAUAAGGCAUACCGCCCCCGAGAUGCCGCAAUGACAGAAAAGAGAAACAAGCUGUAUCUUUCGGAAAAGACUAUCGCUGAGACUCUGCUAGAUCCUGAAUCAUCCAACGAAUUAGAGGAUGGUAUAUCCGGUUUCAUAUGCUUUCAGAUUGGGGAUUUAAGUCUCCGUGACGCAUUGGCCACCCAGUAUGUCGCAGACUGA